CUGCUCGAACGGCCGCACCGGGCUGGCUGCCAUCCCGGGGGAUCCCGGCGGAGGCUGCAGCGGGCCGGGCACCCCCGGAGCAGCACCCGGAGCAGCCCGGCGGAGCGGCGGGGSCAGCGCAGUAAAAUGUUUUUGUAGCAUGGAUUUAGAUCUGGAGAYGCUGCGCCAGGCCAGCCAGGACCUUCUACAAAGACUCAGAAUGAAGCAGGAAGAGAUCAGAAAUGGACUUCCCAGCAGGCCACUCCUUCCAGAACCUCUUCAGAGCAGCCUGGCUGCUGACAGAUGUGUCCCCUCACCCAGAACAAGGAAGGAGAAUCAGGUCAAUGCAGUGAACUUCACAGCUGCCCCUGGAAUCGAGGUGUUUGUGGAACCCUUGUUGACUGGCUCAGCCCUCAGUUCAUGUCUGCCACACAGCAGCAGUGACAGAGGGAUACAGCAACAAGUGAAGACACAGGAAGGAGCAGGUUUUGAUUCCAGCUGUCCUGGGAAAGGGAAGAAUAUCACACCAGUAAUAUUGCGUGGUGGAGAAAUCUCCAGAGUGCAUGGGGAUGGCCAUACUCRAGGAAGUCCAGGGAAAGAAUCCUCCCUCCUGGGACAUGGAGAGAACAGAAAACAGUUUGCUCUGCGGCAUGGUUUCCAUGAGAAAAGUCAUCCRGAGCCAUCACUGAGCAGAGUGCAAAAUAAAGAGCCCAGUGAGCAGCAGCAUGUGAUCAUCAGAGAGCCCCGUGUCCCUAAAUCAGCCUUGCUGACACCUCGGUCCAAACAGUCAAAGAAGGAAGCUCGUCAUGUGACUUUUCAGCCUGAUCCUGAAGAAGAUACCACACCUGUGAACAGCUGGUCUGCCCAKCCUUUCCUGGGCUAUGACUGGAUUGCAGGGCUCCUUGAUACAAAGUCCUCAGUAACAGAAAAAUCUGAGGAAUAUUUUGAUGAUCUGCAGGAGUUCCGACAGGCCAACAGAGAAGYCUGUAUCCAUCAGCAGCCCCCAGAGCCCAAGGAUCGCACAGGUCCUGAACAAGAACUGGAUUUGGUUACCGAUUCCCAUAAGUGUGUUUACUGYUACAAAGUAAACCAGCGCCUCUUCACCAUCCCCAUGGAUUUAGAGUCUGCCUGCCCCGUGUGUAAGAUCCCACGUACCCACCGGCCCUCAGUGACACCAGAAGAGCCAGCCUAUAUCAGGGUCAGCAUUCCCAGGUCUGUCCUUUUGCCAGCCUACAAGUACAGAGCCCAUCGCAGGAAGAGCUUUGAGCCAGCAGAUGAUCUGGCACUGCCCUCGCAUUGCCUGGCUGGCUGGGAAAAUACUGUCCCUUCCAGCAACCCCCAACUCAGCAAUCUGGAUCUGCGAGAAUCACUGCAAGAAAAGCUUUCUCCCUAUCCUUGCCUGGACACAGCAUCCAGAGKGAGAGGAGAAGCCAGGUUUGUGCAUCUGCCCCACUUGACACAGCUGAGGUGUAGCAGAGCAAACCAGGACAUCAGAGAAAAGCUCUCAGUUCAGACUCCCCUUCCUCAACACCCUGGACUUGAUUGCCCUGGGGAAGGGAUGGGCACAGCAUGUGGAAACAACUCAGAAAAAAAGCAAUUUGGAGAAAAAUAAAUCUUUGGACAGAUUUUCCCCAGUUUUCRUAUCCAUGCGUGUGUGUGAGCAGCCAAUACACAGCUCUGAGUUUGUACAGUCCACUAUGUUCACUUUGCUUUUUUUCCUUUUAGAGCUGUUUGUGAGCAGCUGCAUGAGCUGUCCCACCUAGGGCUGGAUAAAGGAAUGUCCAGGAUCAAUGGAGAAUCUCUCACCUCAGUGAGUGACCAGCACUGUAGCAUUAAUUCUGAGGGCCAGAAUUGGCCUCUACAGGGCCUGGCUCAGUGRAGUGACACAAAUAGGUUUAUUUCCAAAUGUUUGAAACAUGGCAAGCAAUUUUUUAGUGCCUUAAACUUGAGUUUCUCUAUAACUCAUUUAAAAAACUUUUUAAAAUCCAGUUUAUUCUCAGGGCAAUGUGUGUGGCUACAGAGUGUAUUGCAUCAGAGUAACUAUGAAUGUGAAAAAUGUUAAAGUAAAAUGAGAUUUUAUUCAUCAAUGAUCUGGAUAGUGCCUUUAAAUGUUUGCAAUUUUUGCUUGACUCUGCUUUUCCAAGUUUUCUAAAGAUAAAAAUAAUUUUAGAAUUUUUAAAUUGUACUAAACCAAAGUACUUCACAUAGUGUGAUUUGCUUGAACUUUAUAGUUUGAUCUUUCUUUCCAUGUCUGGAAAAAAUAAAACUGGUGUUUUAUUUUGCUUUGAAUUUUCUGAAACAGAAAUUCAUGCCCCAGAUAUGCUUCUGGGAGUUAACUUGAGAGAAUCAAUUUGGCUUGUGCAGCUUCUUGGUAUUCACUGUAAUUUUUAUAUCAGAUACAUUAUAUAUGAAAUCARAUGCAUGAAUAGACUUUUUUGGAGCAAGGACAGGAAUGUUGCAAUAUUGCAAGUUUAUGAAAUCCUAAUGUAAGACUUGGAAAAUGAAAAGCAUGACUUUUAGCGUGACUUUAGCUUUGGGUUAUGGAUCUGUAAAGUGAAUGGAAUUGGUCAUGCAAUUUCCAUUACUGCAAAUASUAAUUUUCAAAGAAACUAAUCCAGYRAUUAUAAAAAACUAGGUGCUAAAUUKUAUACCAAACAGGGCAAAUUCAACGUUUUUACUACCUGGCCUUCAAGCCCAAAACAUAAGACAUCAUAAACCUUUCCUUAAUUUACCCUGUAAUAAAUUAGAGCAAGCCUGUUCCACUCUAUAACAGAGGAAAGGUCCUGCUGUAGAUUUGGUAACCUAUGUUAGAUGUUUCUGGUGGAUGCAGAUUGGAACCACUGUUGAAUUCARAAUGUCUCUUGAUAGCUGGGAAUACAUUCAGUCACUCACACUUGUGAAAGCAUUGGAGGUGUGAUUCUGACUCUUUCUCCACCAAAAAGAGGUGAUAAAAGUUGGCAAUGCUGCCCCUGCUCACCCAGGUUUGUCUCUGAGUGUUGGUUCUGUGUGAUCCUGCCUUUGUCUGCAAGCUCAAACAGAYUGAGAAUGUUUGUGGAGCCUCUUUGUGUCUGGAGUGGUGUAAAUCCACACCUGCACAGGUGGCAUUUCAGCCACGUGCUGUGAGGAGCAGUGUGAGUGUGGAUACAGGAAUGUUKUGUAGUGUAAUAACAAUGUUUUGCACCCUGCUUUGUCCUGCAGCACRUUACACAAUCCUGGGUAAUAAACCCUUCCUGCAGGAGGGGGAUGAGRUGUCACCUGGGGGUACAUUGUAAAUAAAACACCUACUUGCUGCUUGAAAAAUUGCAUUUCAGCCAGUGUUAGAGCAGCUUCUGCACUUGGACAGUGGAC